UAUUUAUUUAUUAUGUAUACAAUAUUCUGUCUGUGUGUAUGUCUGUAGACCAGAAGAGGGCACCAGACCCCAUUACAGAAGGUUGUGAGCCACCAUGUGGUUGCCAGGAAUUGAACUCAGGACCUUUGGAAGAGCAGGCAAUGCUCUUAACCACUGAGCCAUCUCUCCAGCCCCUAUUUUUUAUUUUAUUUUAUUUUAUUGCACCCUAGACACUGCCUAGGAGUGGCACUGAGCACAGUGAACUGGGCCUUUCUACAUCAAUCAGCAAACAAACCACAGGCUUGCCCACAGGCCAAUCUAGUUGGGGGCAUUUUCUCAAUUGAGAUUUUAUAUUUCUAUAUGAUUCUCAAGUUGGCGUCAAACUAGCUAGCACACAGUCUUCAUGGCAGGUCUACCCAUCACAUAUUUACCCUCUUACCUCUAGCGGGGCUGGCGUACCUCUAGCGGGGCUGGCGUCAUUCCUUUUGGCUCUCUGGCUUUUCCCUGGAGGAAGUCACUUGAUCCUGAGGCUGACCGAAUGAAGACUUACAUAUUUACAAACAUGGAUUGGACUUUCACUUUUCUCUUGUCCAGAAAAUGCUAGGGACAGGCUCAUGGGAAAUUAUUUGUGCAAGCGUAAGUAGCAUGGGACAUGUCCCUUUAAGAGAGGUUAUCAUGUCCUUUAACCAUCAGCAAGCUUUGAGAGACAUGAGGACUUGGGCUCCUAGAUAUAAAAGGGCUAUAUGGGGGAGGCUCCCGAAACGAUCUCCAUCAGAAAUAAACUUUCCAACGGUCAGUGGCUGACAUUUCAACCCAGAGGGCAGUGAGUUCAAGGUCAGUCAAAACCACGUGUGGAGAACCUGCUGAAAAACUGAGGACUGAGAUGUAGCUCAGUGGUAGAACCAUUGCCUAGCACUUGGGAGGCCUGGGUUCUGCAAACACAGAAAAAAAUACCAAAUGAAGGCUUCUUCGCAAUUUUCUUUAAUUUUGACUUAGCUUGGGUGGGAGGCGUCUGGAGGGAGUAUACAGUCUUCCUACUCAAAGUGUCAGAAGGUGGGUCCACUGGUAUCCCGCCUCACCUGGGGCUUACUCAGACUCAGUGACUGAGUUCUGCAGUGAACCAGAGACACUGGAGACGAUGGAUGUACAAUAAAGUCUGAGUGCUCAGGUUGGAAAUGUAAACACCAGCAUUCUCUUUAAAGGUCUGCAUUUGACUUAAGAGCUUUCUGGUACUCCUGAUAUUCUUUGAUGGCUAUCUCAAAUAAGUUCAUUAUUAAGAACUAUUGUGUGUAUCUAGAAUGUUUAAGCAAAGAAGAGAAAAAUCAAAAGAAUAAAGGAGAGAGCCAGAGGGUGAGCAUUUGGGAAGAGGAAGGACUGAGCACAGGCAAUGGACACAGGAGUGAAAGAGGAUGGGACAAAGCUGUUUUUCUAGUCCUGACUCUGUCAUAGACUUUUUUGUUUUCUUGGCAGAUAAGUGUAUAGAAAUAUAUUCCAUGCUGUAAGUAUAACAUCUAAUGUGAAGCUCACAGCUUCGGAAAGGGCAUUCUAACAUUGUAUCUUUGGGGCUGGUUAAUUUCAGUGUGUGAAAUUUUAUUUGCCAGUUUAUUAAAAAAAAAAGAUUGUGUUGAUUGUAUAGCUUAUAAAUUGGGGUUUCAUUUUCUCUUCUUCCCUUCUUCUUCUUCUUCUUCUUCUUCUUCUUCUUCUUCUUCUUCUUCUUCUUCUUCUUCUUCUCCUUCUCCUUCUUCUUCUUUUUUUUUUGUUGUUUGUUUUUUAAGACAGGGUUUCUCAGUGUAGUUCGGGCUGUACUGGAACUUGCUUUGUAGAUCAGGCUGGCUUUGAACUCCGAUUCUGCCACCUGCCUCUGCCUCUUGAGUGCCGUAAUUAAGAGCAUUUGGGUUUCGAUUUUCUACUGCAACCAGCUGUUUCAAAGCAUGGAGAAGUAUGUAAUGUACAAAAAAAUCACAUAAACAUUCUAUAAAUAACACGUCAGCCAAGAUGUAAAAUAAGUAAAUAAAUUUAUUUAAAGAAGAAAUUAAAGGGAGAUAUUUUCAAAGAGAAAUUUCUUCCGCUAUGAACAAUUGAAAAUUUUUUUAAUUGUAUUUUUUCUUUCUUCUAGCAAAGCAAUUUUCCCCCAUAGAAAUAGUUUUCUUUUUCAUAAGAUUUUGGAAUCAUAUGAAACUUCAAAACGUCUGAUCACCCAUUAUAUACCAUGACUUUGAGCUUGUGUAAAUCAAAACAUUUCAAGGUUUUCAGAGCUCACAUGACUUUCAGCUUCUGUCCAGAGGUCAGAAUUGUUGGUGAGGACGAUGGAGGGAAACUGUUUACUCCUGAGGAGUAUGAAGAGUACAAGAAAAAAGUCUUACCCAUGCGUUCACGGAACAGGUUAUUUGUGAGCUGGCGGUCACCAACAGGAAUGGACUGUAAACUGAUCGGCCCCGAGACACUGUGUUUUUGUACACAUAGGUACAAACAACAUAAAACUGACUUUGAAACAGUUCCACAGCAGCGCCCCAUUGAGCUGCCUUGCCGAGUGACUGGGUGCCAGUGCAAGGCUUACCACUAUGUUCCUCUGAAUGGUACCCAGCCUGUUCGCUGCAGGUGCAAGCACUUUGCUGACCAGCACAGUGCUGCACUUGGCUUCGCAUGCAAUUCCUGCUCCAAGUGUUCAGGCUUCCACAGCUGCUUCACUUGUGCCUGUGGCCAGCCGGCAUAUGCCCACGACACAGUGGUGGAAACACGGCAAGAAAGGUUGGCUCAGGGCAAACCAGUAGGACGGGAUGUUCCUUAUGCGGCAAUGGGAGGUUUAACUGGUUUCAGCUCAUUGGCAGAAGGCUACAUGCGCUUAGAUGACAGUGGCAUUGGUGCACCCUCAGUUGCAGUUUUGGACUCCCCAGUUUCAGCCAUGGACCACCCAUUCCUCAGAGCCUUGCAAAUGCCAUCUACUUCUGCUUCACAAACACUAACGGAUGGUAAUGAAGGUCCAAGCACUCAGAUUUCUUCCUUAAGGAAACCUGAAGAGGAUGAUAUGGCUUACUUUGAAAGGCGAUACCAGGAAAGGAUAAAAAUGGAAAAAUCUGCUAAGCAGAAAGGAAAAGCUCUGUUGCCACCAGGUACAAAACCUUCUUGAAGUCUGUUGGACAAGCCACCUUCUGGAUGCAUCUCUAUUUAUUAUCUCUCGAUCUGUGUACGUUCUUAUUGUAUAAAUAUGUCUUUUUGAAUUUUGUUUAUCUUCAUUGAAACAAGUGAAAUGAAAUUAUUUUUGUCAGAAUUCCUGACGUAGCACUUUCUAUGCUUUUUAAAUGUGGUCUACUAUGUAGCCCAGGCUGGUGCUGAAGUCACAGUACUCCCGCCACAGCACACGUAUGCUUUCUCUCUCUCAGCGAGUUAUAUAUGUUAUUUUCAUAUUAUUAGAACCCUGAAACUAGGUAAAUAUUUUUAGCUUAUUAUAUUUAACUUUUGUAGGCUACCUAUAAAAUUAAGGAUAUUAUUAAAGGUUUAAAAAAAAUAAA